CCACAGGAUAGCUCGGCUAGCACGUGGGUCCAGACAGUGAAAAUUCUACAGAGGACUGGCUAUUAUUCCUCGUUUGAAGAAAAAGUGACAUCGGUUCAACAUGAGUGUGAUGUUGGAAACCCCUGAGCUGCCAGCAGUGUUUGAUGGGGUGAAGCUUGCUGCAGUUGCUGCUGUUCUCUAUGUUAUCGUUCGCUGCUUGAAUUUAAAAAGCCCAACUGCCCCUCCUGAACUCAUUUACCAGGACUCUGCUUUGUCCCGCUUUCUGCUCAAAUCCUGCCCGCUGUUGACCAGAGAGUACAUUCCACCCCUGAUCUGGGGAAAGAGUGGACAUAUCCAGACUGCCCUUUACGGAAAAAUGGGGAGAGUGAGAUCACCACAUCCGUACGGACAUCGCAAGUACCUCACGAUGCCAGAUGGAGCAACAGCAACCUUUGAUCUCUUUGAGCCGCAGUCUGAGCACUGCAUUGGAGAGGAUGUCACGAUGGUAAUCUGCCCUGGGAUUGCUAACCACAGUGAAAAGCAGUAUAUCCGCACUUUUGUUGACUACGCGCAGAAAAAUGGGUACAGAUGUGCUGUUCUGAAUCACCUGGGGGCCUUACCGAACAUCGAGCUCACGUCUCCACGGAUGUUCACGUACGGUUGCACCUGGGAAUUUGGUGCGAUGGUUAAUUACAUCAAGAAGACCUACCCUCAGACCCAGCUGGUUGUCAUAGGCUUCAGCCUGGGUGGAAACAUCGUGUGCAAGUACCUGGGGGAGAGCCAGGCCAACCAGGAGAGAGUCCUGUGCUGUGUCAGCGUGUGCCAGGGCUACAGCGCGCUCAGGGCACAGGAAACCUUCAUGCAAUGGGAUCAGUGCAGAAGAUUUUAUAACUUCCUCAUGGCAGACAACAUGAAGAAGAUCAUCCUUUCUCACAGGCAAGUUCUUUUUGGAGAUAACGUGAAGAAGCCACAAAGCCUUUCAGAUGCUGAUCUGAGCAAACUCUAUACGGCAACAUCCCUUAUGCAGAUCGAUGAUAAUGUUAUGAGGAAGUUCCAUGGCUACAGUUCGCUGAAGGAGUACUACGAAGAAGAAAGCUGCCUGCACUACUUGCACAGGAUCUAUGUUCCUCUUCUGCUGGUUAAUGCUGCUGAUGACCCUCUUGUGCAUGAGAGCCUUCUAUCAAUUCCAAGAGCUCUUUCAGAGAAACGGGAAAACGUCAUGCACGUGCUGCCCCUUCACGGAGGCCACCUGGGCUUUUUUGAGGGGUCUGUACUGUUCCCAGAACCUCUUACCUGGAUGGAUAAGCUCGUGGUGCAGUAUGCCAAUGCCAUCUGCCAGUGGGAGAAGACGAAGUCUCAUUGCUCAGACACAGAGCAGGCAGUAUCUGGCCAGGAGUAAUUGACCCAAAGACUCUGGAUCACUUCAGUAUAUCUCCCCCUUUGGGAACUCUUUGUUCCCUCACCUGCUGCUUCAGGUUUCCAUUCUCCUUGAAUAUCCUAUGGCUGGGGUUUGAUCACAAUGUUUCCUCCUGAAGUGGAGUUAAAACAGAGGUUAAUAUCCGGUCAGAGGAUCUUUGCUUAUAUAGUCACUUGGGUUUGUAAUUUACUGCUCUGCUUGAAGAAUUAGAUUCUGACUGUAACUUGUUACAGGGUAAUUGAGCUAAAGACAGUUUGCUUUGGUGUAGCAGAACCUUCAACUGCCAAAAUCCUUUCACCUGUUGGUCAGAACUUGAUCUGAAGCAUUUGUUGAGGUGUAGAUGACAAGGUAACUAUGACUUUUCAGUCCCUGUGCUGGAAAAGCCCUGUACCAAGCCACAGGCCAGUGAGUGGUUCAGUCCGUGAGCCUCUAAAUAGUGGCUUGGAAAAACAGAUGCUUGACUGUCAGUGGAGUUCUAAUCUUACACCGUCUUAAGGGAGUGUUUCGCUUCCUGGGAGUGCAGUUACACAAGAGAAUCGCUUUAAAAAUGCUUAACUUUUCCAUGCUUCAGAUAUCUGGGCUGGGGUAUCUUUACGCUGGGACUCCAGGUAGAGAAAAGCUGUGGGCUGGUAAUACCAGUUAAUGUUUCUCUGUAACCAUAUUCUCACACCAAGACCAGACCAGUCACCUUGUCAUAUUUGCCUCUUUUUAAAUGUAGUCAUGUUUUUAGUACUGGAUUUCUUGUUUGACCCAGGGCUUUUUAAAAUUGGCUCUGGCUUCCGAAUGGAAACCAGCGAUUAAGAAUCUGCAGGAUCUUUUUGUGAGCUCAGUAUGUUUUAAGAAUAUUUCAUAGUUAUGUACUCUGUUAGGGAUUAAAUUGUAGGGUGGGGGGGAAUGUAUCUAGAUUUACUCCCCUUAUGUCAGGGUAGAUUAUACCAAAAUUCUUGUCCUUAAUUUUCAAAACAUUGAAUGGUUUUCAGACGCAUGACUUGCCUUACAGUUGGUGGGAACUUGAUGGGUCUAGCCCUGUGCAACUCAAAUACCUUUGACUAACUACUUCUGUAUCUGUGUAAAUGCUGCAGGAUUUUACUGGCUCCAGUAAGACAUUGGGCUCAUCACGUGAAUUCCUUUCUACGUGCCCAGACAUCCUCUUCUAGUUCUAGUGUGCAAGGUGAAGUGCGAAAGCGUUCCUUGCAGGAACGAUGCCUCAAGUGGCUGUUACGGCCGAGGUGGUUAAGGGCUCAACUCUGUCCCCUGGUAGGAAGGUUGCCCCAUGGCAAUCUGGAGACUGAAUUUUUGUGGUCACAAUCUUUUUUUUUUUUCUAUUUGUUCUGUCAAUAUUGUAGUCUCAUUAAUCCGCCCUUGAGACUUCUUUGUCCCAGUGUCAGUGAAGUUCUCCUGUCACACUUCCCGCAUCCAAUGAGCACUUUAUUGCUUUAGCCCUGGUCAGUGUGCCAGGCACUUUAGUUUAUAGUUGAAGGGUGAAACAAGCUGCAAGACUUCAGUGUGGUAAUACAGGGGAACAAGCCUCCUGGACUGCCCUGUCCCUGAACUUCAUUCAGUAGGUUGCAGAGGUAGCUUUUUUAUUUUAAUAAAGCAAUAAUUAACUAUUGUAGCAAAGGUGCGUUAUCAUAUCAGGAAAUUCCUUUCAGUUUGCCUUAGGCCAGACAAUCGCGGCCUGCUAGAAUGAACCGUGGGUAUCUGCACAUUGUCCUUGUUAGUAAAUCCAGGUUUCCUUUUGUUCCUCAAAUAAAAAGGCAUGACCAAGUAGAGCUGUAGCAGUACUUGGCCGUGCUUGUGGCUGUUCCUUAAGAACUAUUUUAGGGCAUCAGUUAGCAAGGAUAUUCUUAGCUGAUGGAUAUCUUUGUGUGUUGUUCUCAUUCAUACUGCAUCCGUAUAUCACUAAAAUCCGUCAUACAAGACGUUCAGAGUUGUGCUUAAGUAGCUGCUCCUGCAAUUUUUACUGGAUGUGACGUAAAUGUAUUCUCACUUCAACAGAAUCGGAGUGUAAACAACAUCUGUAUGCAUCAACUAGCCACAGUAUGAGUUUAGGUGUGUAGGGUAUGUGUUUUUUUUUUAUCUCCAGUGGGUCACAACUUCAGAUGUGUCUCAAUUUUCAUUUUAAAUUAGCUUCAUGUCCUGCUUCAGUCCAGCUUUACUGUGCUGUGAGUAUCAACUCCAAAGAGACUUAGAGGAACAGGAGCUUCCCUCGGUAGUAAUCCUCACUGUUGAAGUGAGGAGCCCAUCAUACGACCCAACACGUAUCUAUGAAGGAAGCACAGUGUGCAUCAAGCCUCCUUGGAGAUCAAAAUACCAUCCUUUCUCAGAUUUCCUCAAAGUUCCUCAAAAGCAGGGGUUCCCUGCCCAGCUCCCCGUGUGGCUGAAGAACUGCCUUCCUCCCAGGACCCCAGACUCUCAGAAACAGUUCAGCUGAGAUGACUUCCAUCAGGGAAGCUGGAGGUGAGGUAACUUUCCAACAGCAGUUGGCUGCUGCCUGGACAGUGAAUGUUGAGGCAAAGCUGGUGUUUGCUUGCUUCUGAGUUGGGGUUAGGCAGCAGACUGCUUUUUGGCCAAGACAUGCCAGAAUAAAGCUCCACUUUCAGAGGAACCAGGAAGGCUUUUCUUGAAGAACUUUUCCUCCUUCCUUUUUGUAAGAACCGUUCUUGACAGACCAGGUUUUGAAACAGGUUUCCUGUUUCUGAGAUACAAGGAAGAGAUACAAGGAAGUUACCUUCUCAAAUGUACCUUUAUUUCCAUCUGACUUUGCUAUAGUAAUGGCCAAUCAGUGACUUUUUAAAGCAAGCCUUUCCUAAAAAAAAAAAAAAAAGAGGUGAGCAGCUGGGCAAUUCUCAAAGCAGCAAGAGCUUUGUCUAAUCAAGUAGAGAUUUUGCUCUAAUGUUGGAGUUUUUUAAGAUUUUCAAGGAAUAUUAUAUCUUCCUGCCCAAUAACGCAUAAACCUUCAUAUUUCAGAAGUGCCAAUGCUGUGGACUUACGGAAACUCUCAACUAGAGAGCUAACAGGGGUCUGUCCUGCUCCUUUGACCUGUUUUUGCACUUGCAUCUACAGCCGUUUAAACCGCUUGUGGCUUGACCAACUAAUUCUGGCCUGUUUGGGGAGGAAGAGCUUUGUCAUAGCUUGGUUGUGCAAGGGUUCCAGAACCUGAGAGUCACCUUCCCAACCUUAUUGUAGACAGAAGCAGUAAAAAUCUAUUUUCCCCAUCCCACCCAAUUUGCUGCUUUCAAAGCAAUUUAUGUUGUCAAACCUGCAGCAGCAAUUUAGAGAUCUCAAGGAAGUAGGAGAGGAGGAAGUGAAGCUGCAGUACGUUAUCUGAAGGCCUUCAGAAAAGGAAUCCAUUAUCAAAUCUUGCUGCUGACAGAGACUGGCAGCUGAUACCUAGUGCCAGUACCACAACAGGAAGGGACUUUGUCCAAUCCUUACUUGAAAUGCUUUUCUCCCAAAAUAAGGUAAUACUGGUUUUGUGAUGUCGGCAGAUGGUCUUCACAUGCAAUAUGAAUUUUUAGAUCUUAGAGGUGAAGCAGCUUUUUCAUCUCUUGUGAAGACACGCGAGGUGGUUGCAGUGUGUCCUUCUGGCCCAUUACAGUACAGCCUGGUAGCACAGUUCAGGCCUACAGCAUGAUGAAUCUGUCGUGAGCUCUGUUCAGUUUCAAACCAGGAUUAGAAAAGGCAUUAGCAGAGCUCUUCUAUUCCCAUGUAGUAUUCACCCCUCUUCCUCAUCUCUUCCUCAUCACUGUGUGUAAGUAGCACUCAAACAGAAACCCCAAGGACUGUCUCAGUCAGAUAGCAAGGUGCAGAACUGUUACUGUUCUGGUGGUUAGGCUGGUCCAACCAUCUGUGUCAGUGUCUGGACACACCUGAGAUUUGUAGGUGAGCAUCUGGGACUUGCUCUUACGGACCAUAAGGAACUUGCAGCUUCCACAUCAGAUCUGCCAGCAUGUUUAAUGAUCGCUUGGUUAGAUUCUAAAUUGAAGGUGUUUUCAAAUGGGUCAACAGUUGCACUGUAAAGACAGACACUUGAACCUCCCUGCAGUCGUUUCCUGACCGUUUUUUGCAGUUCCUGUUCUAUGAAGGUACAGGUUACAAAGAUGGGGCAUUAAGCAAAGAAGUUAAGAACUAUUAUCUGCAGUACUGAACUUAGCCAAGCUACCUGUGUGUCAUCUGUCCUGGGUCUGUCACAAGUUCCUAGACCUCAGCCCUUUGACACGUGGUGCCUUGCCCUUUUUCUCCUCUUCCCUUGACAUCAGCAUAUCUAGAGACUUCAGCAGCAGCUCUGUCAGAGCUUUUGGGCUUUGCAUUUUAGUAAAGGAUUUCUCAUGCACCAAGCAGUGAGACCCCUCUGGCCAUGUAUGCUGUACGAGCGUGUGCUGACUUAAAGGACCUUUGUGGGCAGCCUACAACUAGACAGUCUAUUUUAAGGCUUAAAAUAGCCAUGUAUAUAAGCAGUGGAUCAUUUUUCAGCUCUAUUCCUCAAUUUGCCUCUAUCCAUAGGGAUUAAGUCAGAGGAAAGGUUUGCUUAAUAUGUGACUUGUUACCUUAUGAUCCCCAAGUUCUUGUGUCUGUUGGCUCUUCAGCAACGUAGCUGGAGGUGAAUUGUGUAAGGGGCUACAUCUCAAAUGAAAGAGCAGAGUGGUAACCUCAAGAAUUAAUUGCUGAACGGUUCAGUCACCUGGUUUACUUCCAAGGAUUAUUUUAGGAAUAUUAUGCCUCUCUGGAGGUUAUUGAAAUUCUUCACAGCCUUUUUCAAAAAGACCAGAAACGGCCCUAGUCUUGUGCUGCGCAUGUAAGUCCUUUGUUGUGCAGAGCAUUGUGUCAAGUCAUGCUCCACGUGUCUUUAGCCCCUUGGCAGCUCUCUCAGUUGGGUAGAUCCCAGAGCCACGGUGAUUCAAAGCAGGGUCUCCUUCAGGGCUUCUAGUUCUAGGCAAAAGCAAACAGCUCUUCUUGGUGUGAGGACUUUCUAAGUUGGUAGAUAAUUCAGAAUGCCUCAGAGCGAUCCAGACCUGAGGAGGGGUUGCCUUGUACCUGCCCCUCUUUCAUUGCUAGCAGUCUCUUACACCAGCCUGGACUUUCCUCAGCUGGUGGGGAAGCUCAGGCACAAGUGCCAUCAGUGAGUCAAAGCAGUUGCCAGCUUUCCACACUGCGGUGGAAAGGCUUCUGGGAUUAUCCUGAACUAUUGCAUUUCAAACAUCUGUAUUCUUUGGGUUAAAUUUUUCUGGUUAUUGAAUGGACAAAAACACCGCAAUCCAGGGCAGCAUUUAUCAGGUUGGAUCUGCUGGUAUUGAACAACCUUUUCCAAGUCUGUCUGAUAACACUCUCCAAAAGCUCCAGCCCUGCAUCCCCUGUGGAUAAAGACCGUGUUUUGCCAUCUCACCCCAUGGCCUUGCCUAAUGCAGGUGACUUUAAUACCAGCGAGGAGCCUGAUGCCAUGAGGUGGCUCAACACGAAGCCUUUUAGCUUUUGUCUGAAUGACGAGCUUGCAUCGUCUGCUUGCAGUCAUGCAAGAGCUUUGAUUAGAUGCAGAAUUUCCUUGUGGGAUCUCUAUUACAGCUCUUCUGGGAUGCUGACCCUUCUGUGGCUUCUGCCAACUGGGAUGUCUUUAAAAAGUAAUAACAAUAAAAAGUGUAUUUCAUGUAACCAAACACUACUGCUUAGCCCACGUCAGCAGCUUUCCAAAGGAAUGUGUUUUCUCAUUGUGCUUCUUGACAACUUGUCCCUGUUUCCCAAUGACUAGAAAUCCUUUUUGAGAAAGCGAUAACCUCCUUGCAAGAGGCGCCCUUUCUCUGGAGAUGCCACGUUGAAGAGGUGUGUGGAGCCCCGAGGAAGGCAGACCUGUGCCCUUCUCACGUUGUUGCUGCAGCUGUGUUAGAACAGGCCGAGUGACAUCUGAUGCUCUUGGUGAGCAGCGUGGUUCAUUACAGAUAUAUUUUCAAUUUGGCAAAAUUAUCCUCUGGAACAAUCUCUAAUUGCUGCCCUGAAAAAGCUUGUAUACCGAGAUACCUUCCCUGCUGCCGCGUUCUGAGUCAGAUUCUCUGAAGCUGACAGCUGCAGGGGAGAUGAUUUGCAACUAGCAAUGCAAUUUUUCUAUAUCUGCUGAUGUUUACCUUUAAAAUUAUAUAUAAAUAUAUAUUAAAGUGUCUUUGAUUUUUCUUUAA